AUGGAGAUGGAUUACGUUGUGAUUCCGGAAGAGAUAUUUAACUACAAGUGUCCAUCACCGAACGAGCUGAUGCUCUACUGCCCGUCAUCUUCAUCUCUUUCAACUGAUGCGACUUUGACAGAUGCCUCAGCACAGAACAUCCAUCUGCUAGAACUCGAUCAGCAAUCAAGUGAACAUCAACGAAAGACAUCUCUCCCGGAAGCGUCAAGAUCGGAAGCUGUAACAUCCUCACCGACAUCUCCAAAGUCUCGACCCGCUAAUACCAAGCCAGCGUCGCCUGACCUGGAAAAAACUGAACAAUCUCUCGACACAGUUACUUCAUCUUUCUUGACAUUCUCAAACAGGCCAUCAUCACAACCGCACCGACAGACGUCUUCCUAUUCCCCAACACCGCAAACUCCAGUUUCAGGGCCAUUACGUGCAAACAACGAUGCGUCCGCAAAAUCGAAACCCAUCAACUUCCAAAAAACGAAACCAACUGAAAUGAGUGAUGGUAGCAGAGUUUUAAAAAGUUCCGUCAGUCACGUCAAACCAUCAGCAACACUAAGAGGCAUGGACGCGAUCAAAAGAGAAGAAAUCGAAGAAAUUCAAGGAAAAAUGGUAGAGGACGACGAUUACUUGAACAUGUCCUCUCUGGAAUGUGAUCAGCAGUGCCAGUCAGACACAACACUCAACGCUGACGAGUGCAGCCAGCUGACUGACGACUCAGAAACACAGGAAGAUAGAAUGCCUGCAAGCCGUCCCAACAUUCCUCGCCAUGUUAGGAUCGUAUUGAAUCCAAAUGAAACUGUUUUCCAAUGGAAGGAGAAAGAAAAUAAAAUGAAAAUUCUUAAAAAGAAAUUUGGAUCAAACGAUGAUUAUGAAUGUGUCGAUGUGGUUCCUGUUUCAGAUAGUGACUACUGCACGUAUGCCAGGCCGGUACAUUCAGUUGAAAAACUGAAUAAUUCCCAGCAGUAUUUUGACUGUGCUAACGAGAGAGAAGAACCAAGUUGCAGUCUGAUGGAGGCGGCGAAUGAAACCGACCCCCCUCUGUCCCGUCACGAGUCCCGACGUUAUGAGGUCACCCACAGCGAACGUCACUACCACGAACACUACGUAGUUGACGACGACGACAGCGAUGAUGUUCUCAAUUUCUUCUACAACGCGCCUGAUGCUUUCUCGAAAGGCGACAUUCAACUGAAAAGUAGCACCUCAUCGAAGAAGUACAACAUUAACGGGGGCAACAAGAUGGCCUGCUACACCUCAAAGCAGCAGUUGCAACAAUUUUUAAAACACUCAGCAUUGGUGAACCCUCGAGAUCUGAAUGAGAGAGGCGAUAUAAGGUUGCAAGUGCCGCAGAUCAAAAACAAACGUGUUGGCGAUCAAACGUUCGAAACAUCGAGAGUCGGGAACAUUCUUCUUGGAGACGAGAAUAAUCUGGAAAGUGAAGACAAACGACUUAUCAACGAGAACUAUAAUGAAUUGUUUUUCAGAGCUACCAACACAGAACAUGGUCAAAUUAUUAAUGAAAUUGAAAGCAGUGCAGACGGCGGUGUUGAGGAUUUUAAGAAGAAACAUGUUGCAGAGGAGUUGGCAGAUGUUGAUGGAGGUAAAAGGAACGUAAACAAUAAAGAAGAUAAAGACGAGAAAGUUGACGAUGCUGGCUGCAACAUUCCUUUAACAACACACGAUAGCAACUGUAGCUACGCUCGAGUUGAAGUUGAUGAUGAUGAAGCUGAUGAUGAUGGAAAAUUAAUAAUUAGCACAAUGAAAGACAGCCAUGUUAACAGAAAUGAUGGCAACAGUGAUGAUGCAACAAAGAAUGAUGCCAAUAAGUUUGAUGUCCAUGUCAACGAAACCGAUUUUUCUCGGGAAGACGAAGAAAAUAAUUUGAAUGAACGAGAUUCGGUAAGCCAGUCGCGUUUUAUAACGCCGAGUCCAGUGAAAACUUUGCAAAACGAAAUCAAAACCAUCGAGGUCUGGUCGCAAGAGAGAGGAGCGGACGAAUGGAACGAAUACGACAAGAAGAUCAUAUUCUCGCCAACUUGCAACAACCAGCAGUGCAGGUUCGACAGCAAAACACUUCUGAGCAAACUUAGGGUGGCUAGUAAAGCCAGUGUUGACAAUUUCGUCGAUAAUAAAGUUAAAGUUGAGUUGAGCAAGGUGAAAAGUAUGAUGCUAUCUUCUGGAAGCGCGAAGAAUAAAAAGAACAAGAAUGGCAACCAGGCAGUUUUAGAAGAAGGAAAGGAAUUAAAAGGAUCUACAAGCUCGAAGAAUGUAAACUCAAUGUUCCAAGCUGGACCUAACGGGGAGAGGGAUGGAAGCACUAGAACGAACGUCAACGAGUUAAACGAGAAGGAAACAAAUAAAAACGAUAGAGAUAAAUACAAAAACAUGGCAAAAUUGUUGAAAGAAUUGAUGAAAAUUGAUCCCCAGUUUAUGAAUUCAGCUCUGAAAAACAACAAAGACUACCAGACCAUCAUGUCUUCGGGACUCACACUGGAAGGUCAGAUAAGGAAAUCCGAAAUUGAGGAUGUCUUCGAUGGUGUCAGUAACAUUUCGACGCGGUCAUCGUCGUCAUCUAGCGAAUUCACCGCACCGCCCACAAAAAUUUGUUCGCCAUCUUCAAUCAUGCAUUCAUAUUUGAGGAGAACUACGCUGGCACCUGCUGAUUUUGAACGUAGGAAUCAAAGUCAGGUUUUUGACUGCCAGCUUUUGCAACAUCAUCAGCAACAACAGCCGUUACAACAACAGCAUCGUCAACAACAACAUCAGCAACAACAACAACAUCAGCAGCAGCAGCAACAACAACAACAUCAACAGUUUCAAAAAUUUUCUUUGCAACACAUUCAACAUAUUAAAAACUCCUCUGCUCACGAAUCGUCAUCAUCGUUACUGCCUGCAAAAAUAUCGACUCCUGCAAUUUUCCUCACUUCCUCUGCUGGUAGAAGCUCGGCUGUUGAUGGGGCAACAAAAACUUAUACUGGUAGGGGACAAGUUAAAGUUAAGUCUGAUAAUGAUUUGCACAAAUGUUUAGUUGCACAACAUCAUUUGCUGGCCUCACAGCACCGAGGUUUCUCACAACAAUAUCAACAUAAACAUCUGCAAAAUUAUCAACAACAUCCACAGCAGGCCACACAAAUAGUUAAGGACGUGUCGUUUAACCACAAAAUAUCAUCAAACGUAUCCACAAGGUUGAUGAAACAUUCAAAAAAUACUUCAAACUCAUCAGAAAGUCGCUUAGUUCAUAAAGCUGACAAAUCUGGUCACAUUUUAUCAAAUUCAGCAGCAACAAACUUAACGAAUCCUUCUCUGGACAGUGAUGAGGAGCCAGAACUGAUUGAUUUGUUCGUUAAUGAUGAAGACGAUGAUUAUCAAGAAGACGAAGAUGAUGAUGAUCUGGAGAAGGAAGAAGAUGAUGAAUAUGAAAAUGUUGGAGAUGCCACAUAUUACAUUGACGAACGUGGAAGCGUUUUUAAUAACUCUUCCAACAAUAGUUGUCCUGAUGAGACCGAUGAAUAUAAAGAGCUGAUGAGUGAGGAAAUAUCAGAAAUAAACAAUGUCAACUGCCAACCAAAAUCAUACACGUUUUCAGCAACAAAUUUUAUAACAACAACAAUAUCAAUUGCUGCAGCUGCAACAGCACCACCACAACCAACAACAACAGCAGCAGUAUUUUCUGACUCAAGAAAUGAUUCUUUGAAAUUUGGUCACACGUCUUCAUCAAAAGAACAUUCUAGGAACAUCACUAAAACCCAGCAACAUGUUGGUGCUCUAUCUCCUUCUCAUUACACGGACGCACAAAGAACAAUGAACGCUAACAGCAACUCAAAUACUACUGCCCACAAGUUCAACUAUUCGAAACUUACUGUGAAAAACUCAAAUAUUAAUAAUUAUAAAAAGGAUUUGAAAUUAUUUUCAAAACUGCCUAACUUGGAAAUUUUAAAGAAAAUCGGUGAAAAUAAUUCAAAUGCUGUUGAAUAUGUUGUUUCAAUCCCAAAACUUGCUCCACCAGAUAAGAAUUUAUGCGUUAGUAAGCAAAAUAGUUGCCCAGAAGGUGUCUUGAUUGAUGUAAAAUGGAAUCAUGGAUUAAAUGAUUAUCAUUAUGAGCAGGAAUUAACAAACGAAAGAGAUCCAGAAAUCUCGUUUGAAAUUCUGCAGAAAAACUUCGGAGUGACGUCAAACUGGUUCGAGAAGCGAUGGAAAAGUUCUGAAAAUAGCUGCAAAACGAGUAGACCUGGAAAUUUUCAUGAGAAUUCAAUUUCAAGAAAAUUUUGA